AUGUACUCAGACGUGGUGCUUGGCAUUGAGCUGCACAACUUCGAGAAGCUUUUGGAGAGGUCCAAGAAGAAGCGAGGUGUGACGCAAGACCACGAGCUCCAGCCAAAGGACUUGGAGCAGCUGGUCAAGGACUACAAGGCCUGUGUUUAUCUGCAGCUCGGGGAGGAGUUCCCGGAGGAUCCACAACAGCAGCUCUGGGGUGCAGUGGGCGCUGUCUUCGGGUCUUGGAUGAACCAGAGGGCCAAGACCUACCGAAAACUGCAUGACAUCCCCCAGGAGUGGGGCACGGCCGUGAACGUUCAGGCGAUGGUCUUCGGCAACAUGGGCAACGACUGCGCAACGGGCGUGGCCUUCACCCGCAAUCCUUCCAACGGCGCCAAGGAUUUCUACGGAGAGUUCUUGGUCAACGCUCAGGGUGAGGACGUGGUGGCCGGCAUCCGAACACCCCAGGAGCUGACGAUCAAGGCUCGCAAGUCCCAUGGCAGCGACUUGCCGUCGCUGGAGGAGGUGAUGCCCGGGAUCUUCCGUGAGCUGGAAAACGUUCGGCACCAGCUGGAGAACCAUUACAGGGACAUGCAGGACAUCGAGUUUACAAUCCAGCAAGGCAAGCUCUACAUGCUCCAGACCCGCACGGGGAAGCGCACGGCCCACGCAGCCCUGCAGAUUGCGGUGGACAUGGCCAACGAGGGGCUCAUCAGCAAAUCGCAGGCUUUGAUGCGCCUCAAGCCGGACUUGAUUGACCAGCUGCUCCACCCAACGCUGGACCCCAAGGCCAAGAAGACCGUCAUUGCCAAGGGCCUCCCGGCUUCGCCAGGUGCAGCCGCUGGAAAGGUAGUCUUUUCGGCCGACGAGGCCGUCACCCGCUCGGAGAACGGCGACAAGGUGAUCCUUGUGCGCAUCGAGACAAGCCCGGACGACAUCCACGGCCUACACGCGGCGGAGGGUGUUCUGACGACUCGCGGUGGGAUGACAAGCCACGCAGCUGUGGUGGCACGUGGCAUGGGCCGGCCCUGUGUAGCAGGCGCUGGGGAGGUGAAGGUCAACUACAGCUCGGCGUCAUUCGAGGUGGGUAAUGUGGUCGUCCGUGAGGGUCAGCUCAUCACCAUUGAUGGUGUCACGGGAGAGGUGAUGCUUGGAGAAGUCCCCACGGUGCCCCCACAGCUUUCCGGUGCCUUUGGCACCGUCAUGUCCUGGGCGGACGAGUUCCGCACCAUGCAGGUUCGGGCCAAUGCCGAAACGCCGGCAGAUGCGCGCCAGGCAAAGGAGUUUGGCUGCGAAGGCAUCGGCUUGGUGCGCACGGAGCACAUGUUCUUCGAGGGCGGCCGGAUUGUGGCAAUGCGUCAGAUGAUCUUGGCAUCGGACAAGACGGACCGGCAAGCAGCUCUGGACAAGCUUUUGGCUAUGCAGAGGGAAGACAUCACCGA